GAGAGAGCGUUGAGUGCAGCAAUCCGUAUGGGCACCACCCACCUCAUCUUGCCUCCCCUCAACAACUGCGUCCUUCAUUGCCGCAAAGACCACAAACCAAAGAAGCUAUAUUGAAGCCACCAACUUCGAUGAACCACCUUUCCUCUUCCAAGCACCUCUCGCCUCCGUUCAUAUACGACACCAACCAUCACAGAUCUCAUCCAAGGCUGAAGCCAUGGACUGGUACUCCUGGCUGUCCGAAUCUAGCCUCGAUCCGGGACUCGUCUCCGAGUACGCUCUUCUCUUCUCCAACAACGAGCUCGUUGAGGAUGACAUCGCCCACUUCAAUCACGAGUUUUUGCUGAGCAUGGGCGUCUCCAUCGGCAAGCACCGGCUUGAGAUACUCAAGCUAGCCAAGAAGGGCAUGUACAGGUCGCCGCGCUCGGUGGCGAGGCUCCUCGCUGCCAUCAGCAUGACCAGGAGCUACAUAGCCAAGUACGUCCGCUCCCUCGUUCGGCGGAACAGUUCCGCGAUCGUCGUCGUCCCCAGGCCUUCGUACAACGGCGGAGCGGCGCCCAGGGGGAACAUGUUGAAGAGGAACAAGAAGCUGGUAAAAAGCAAGCAAAGAGAACUGCUGCUAACUGACGGUGGCGUAAAGGUGUCUUCUCCGGUGAGGGUAUCACGUAGCGCGAGUCCAAUGAUCGACAGGUACAAGGAGGGCGCUGAGGAGAUCAGGUGGGACUCCAUGUUUCAGGACCUGAAGCCCACUUGAUUCCCAUGUUGCAGAAGGCUUUCAUGUGUCAUUAGCUAUUCAUGUGGGGAGGUGGUAGUGGUUCAACAGUCUGUUCUUCUUCUCCGUGGCUGCUGUUGGAAUUAUGGUGUAAAUAGGAAAGGAAAAGGCUAAAGCUGAAAUGAAAACUAGUAGAGAUUUUUCAUUUUUUACUUCCUCUUGGAGAGAAGGAAAUGAUUGGAGGCUAGCUAUGCAAUGCAUGUAUAUAUGAAAAUUUUAAUCUAUUUUCAUAAAUAUAAGCUCUUCCAAGCUUGCUGAAA